AUGGCGGUGGAGCUCAUGACUAGAAAUUACAUCUCCGGCGUCGGAGCCGAUAGUUUCGCCGUUCAAGAAGCUGCUGCUUCAGGGCUCAAAAGUAUAGAGAAUUUCAUCGGUUUAAUGUCUCGUGAAAGCUUUAACUCCGAUCAACCAUCUUCGUCUUCUUCCCCCGCCGUCGUCGCCGCAGAUCUUGAAUCAGCUCGUAACACGACGGCGGACGCGGCGGUUUCCAAGUUUAAAAGAGUUAUCUCUCUCUUAGAUCGGACUCGAACCGGACACGCCCGGUUUAGACGCGCUCCGGUUAUUUCUCCAAUUCAAGAAACUAAACCGACGCCGUUUCAUGCUCCGCCACAGAUCCCGAAGGGUUCGUUUUCUUCGUCGUUCAAAACGAUUGAUUUCUCUUCUCUCUCCUCCGUGACGACGGAAUCUGAUCACAAGAAGCAUCAGCAUCAGCAUCAUCAUCAUCAUCAUCAGCAGCAUCGUCCUUCCGAAACGACGCCGUUUGGGACUCAAAGCCUCUCUACCACGGUUUCUUCUUUCUCCAAAUCAACGAAGAGAAAAUGUAAUUCAGAGAAUCCUAUCGCCGGAAAAUGCGCCUCUGCUUCCUCCGGUCGUUGUCAUUGCUCCAAGAAAAGGAAGAUUAAACAAAAGAGAGUAGUUAGGGUUCCGGCGAUAAGUGCUAAAAUGUCCGAUGUUCCUCCAGACGAUUAUUCAUGGAGAAAAUACGGACAAAAACCAAUCAAAGGAUCUCCUCAUCCUAGAGGAUAUUACAAGUGCAGUAGCGUAAGAGGUUGUCCAGCUCGUAAACAUGUGGAGAGAGCAGCUGAUGAUUCGUCGAUGCUAAUCGUUACUUACGAAGGAGAUCAUAAUCAUUCUCUCUCCGCCGCUGAUCUCGCCGGCGCCGCCGUAGCUGAUCUCAUUUUGGAAUCGUCUUGA